AUGAUCACCCUACGCCCGAAUCUAAAAUGUCUAUCGAUCGCCUCCUCUCUAAUCGUCAUCGUCUUCCUCAUCAUGUCCAUGAGCACUUCCGCGCCUCCGGCGACCCUCAAAGUCGACAGGAUCCUCAACAGCGAAAUGUCCGGCAACCGGAGCUACACUCCGGGCGAUUUCCUCAAAUUCAUCCACCCGGACCCGGCGAACCAGAGCUACUGCACGUUCAACUACAAAUUCCCGGAGGACUUGAAGUUCGGCUCCAACGACGUGGACUUCCCGCCCGAACUGGGCAAAACCAGCCCCUACCGGGUCAUCUACAACGUCCUGCAGGCCAAAAUGGCCGAAGGGGUACCGGAGGUGACGUACGCGACGCACGUUUCCGCCGAUUUCAUGUAUUAUCUACCGGAACUAGUGAGGUUUUGGGACGGUUUCAUCAGCGUUACGGCAUUCGUUCCGGACCUGGAUGUCGCUCUCGUGCUGGAGCAGCUCAAUCAGUACUGCUAUUGCCUGCCGGGGAUGUCCCGAGUUUCCGUGCAUUUCGUGUUUCACAAGAGCCUCGCGCCCUCUCGCAAGGACGUGUACUUUACUAGGUCGAAUAACUGCGAAAUUAUCGAUUCUUCUAAACUGAGCACAUACAGACAUGCUGAUGAUAGCGUUAUGUAUCCAAUCAACGUGUGUAGAAACGUUGCGAGAACGGCUUCCUUAACAGAAAGAGUCGUGGUGUCUGACAUACAAUUGAUGCCGAGCGAAGGCCUGGCCCAAAAGUUCCUGAAGAUGAUAGACAAUUACAAGUUGAUCGGAUGCCAAAAGAAGGUGUUUGUUCUUCCUAUAUUCGAAGUGGAAUCGAACGAGGAGAUUCCUCGGUCUAAACGAGAACUUAUAGAACUAGUGAAAGAGAAACGGGCUGUGUACUUUCAUAAAUUAGUGUGCAAUCACUGUCAGAAGUUUCCCGGUAUCGAGUCGUGGAUGAAAAGUGAACCCCCAGAUGAUAUUGUUAAACCAUUAUUAACAGCUAGGAGAGAAGUGCCUUAUCACAGGUGGGAACCAAUCUAUCUAGGAACAAAAAACGAGCCCUACUACAACGAACAGCUCUCGUGGGAAGGACUACAAGACAAAAUGCUGCAGAUGCUGGAAAUGUGCCUUAUGGAAUACCAAUUCGUCAUUCUCGACGGAGCCUUCUUGAUCCAUUGGCCGGGAAUGAAGAAGAAGAAGGACAAAGUGGGCGAAGAAUGGCGAGGCGACUUCGUGAAAACCAACAAUAUCGAAUACAAUAAAAUCCUCAAGAACCUACUCAAAAGCUACAAACCCAAACCGCAAUGUAAAGCCCACUGA